AUGGGUGCAACAGUGGCUCUUUUCUGCUUAUCCCUUGUAUUAUCAAUAAUUGGAUCCAAUGCCGCUGGGGAGUUAAGUGUUCUGCAUAGCCCAGAUUCCUUAAAAUUUUCGGGAUCUGCCAAAGUUUUGGAGAGUCUGCUGAAAGAAAUAUUCUCAGCAUCUUUUGGCCUAUCCGUUGAAGAGAACUCUGAUUGGAAUGGAUUAUCAAUUGUGGAUCCAUUUAACACACCAGAAGCAAUUGUAGAAGUUUAUAUAGAAGGUGUAUCUAGCCUUGGAAGUGCCGCUGGUUUGAAAGCAAAAACUUACCCUCUUGUAGUAGAUGAAUAUGAACCUGACACAUAUGAUGCUAUGCAGCAUAGAAUUAAGCAGCGCUUUACAAAUGGUGGCAACAUUGUAACAGAUGUUAAGUUAUCUGAGCCUGGGGAGUUUCAGUCAUACUUUGGUAUUUUUGGUGAAAUAAUACCAGCCAAAGUUUCCAAGCAAUCACUGCAGCACUUGAAACCCAGUGUUGAAGAGGACUACCAAUUUCUGGCUGAAUUAGAAGCACUGAAAGCAUUCAUCAAUAAGGUUAGAGCUGGAGCAAUCUCCGCUGACAACAUUGUAGAUUUUUACGUCUUCAGUUUCCGCUCCCUCCAUGCCUUGUCUGAUUACCAUGGACCCAACUCUUUACAAACAAAGGAGGCUAAAAAGCUUCUAGGAGAAGCUCUGCAAGAUCUAAGCAACGCUUUCAAAAAAGCCUACGACGGCUCUGUGUUAGUAACAGUGGUGACCACAGAUGUAGCACACACUCGCCGUGCCGUUCGUGCUGCCCCCAAUCCGCCCGAAAUGAGAGACGAGGUAGUUCAAGAUGACGCUUACUCUGCGGACUAUGCGGCCAUUUUCAACAUUAUACUAUGGUUCGGUGUAAUUUUUACUUUCACACUAGUUGCUAUUGUGUACGCAAUCAUGGAUAUGGAUCCCGGCAGGGAUUCCAUUAUCUACCGAAUGACCAAUACUAGGAUGAAGAAGGAUAAUUAA